CUGGUCUGAGUUUGAGUUCAUCUAUCCCUGUGUAUAAUGCAUGUAUUCUUACUCUACCUAACCUGGAAAGGAGGUCACUUUGUUGGUUUUUAAAAAUGUAGAGUGAGCAACAGUGAUUCUCCUGCAGCAUCAGCAAACACAGCUUAUCAUUAUGCCAGGUGGAGUUUUAGGCUGCCUGAGUACCCUGACUGUCAACAUUAAGCAGCUAGUGGGCCUGCUGCGUCUUUCCCCCUCCCUUCAUUCCUUGCCGUCCCCUCAGGCCACCGUGGAAGACUCAAACGUGCCGAGCCUGUUUCGUGAACCCUACAUUCAUUCGGGCUAUCGUCCCGUAGGCCAGCCAUGGCAAUGCUAUGCUCUUAGCCUUUUUCAAAGCCACAAUGAGUUGAUGAACAUCUGGUCACACCUUCUUGCUGUACCUGCCGUGCUUUUACGUUUCUGGUUCUUUGCCGCCACAGAAAGCUUGACUCUGGACGCCUCAUCACUGCCCCUUUACAUCUAUGCCCUUUCGUGUCUGACCUAUCUUGCUUGUAGCAUGGUAGCCCACUUGCUUCAGUCUCACUCAGAGCUCUUGCACUACUCCCUGUUUUUCCUGGAUUAUGUUGGCGUGGCUGUGUAUCAGUAUGGCUCGGCAUUGGCUCAUUAUUUCUACUGCACUGAGGAGAAAUGGAGGCAGAGCUCGGUGAGGGCACUGUACCUUCCUGGUGCAGCUCUACUGGGUUGGUUGUCGUGUGCCAGCUGCUGCUUUGCCAAAUUGCACUAUCGCCGUCCCUACCCAGUGAGCAGGAAUCUCUUCCAAGUUGUGCCCAUCAGUCUGGGGUACAUGUUGUAUAUCAGCCCUGUGGCACUCCGGCUAGCCACAAGACCCUGGAACGAGCCUGUGCUGGUGCUGCAUGCCCUGCAAGUGAUCUUUUUGCUGAUAGCUGCCUUCUUCUUCUCGUGCCCGGUGCCUGAGCGUUUUUUUCCGGGAAAAUGUGAUAUUGUAGGUCAUGCUCACCAGAUCUUUCACAUCUUCCUGGUUAUGUGCACAAUGUGCCAGAUGGAAGCUGUUUUAAAGGACUUUUUGCUACAGAGAAGUUUGGUAGUGGAGAUGCAAGGAGAGUGGAGCAUCUGGCUGGCCACAAGGUUUUUUCUCCUCCUGGUGCUGGGAAGUUUGUUGACAGCCACUCUAAUGAGGCAGAGAAUCAAAAGGCAGCUACAAAAAGAAAGGAUUAAGAGCGAAUGAGAGUAAAAUUUACAUACAGGCUGUUACUUACAGUUCUGGAGGUCUGCAGAAAGCAGUGAACGUCCCUUUUAAGGGUUUUUGAUUUUUUUGUGAUAGUGUGAAGGUUAUGCACAAUAGGACAACCGUGCUUUGUGAUAAUCUAUCAAUUGUGAUGUCCGUUUUAUUUAUGACCUUAGUAUUAGAAGGUGCUAUUUG